AUGCUAUGGUGUAAGGCUGCCGGAGGAGAAAUCUAUCUGGAUUUAGGGCCGCUGAAAUAUACCAUUGACUAUCAUCGCAUCCUUGUCGAGAACGCUGCACCAAGACGAUUCAUAUCCCUCGAGUCCCGCGAGGAUAACAAAGGUACAAUCAUCAUCUCAUCUCAGAACCGAGCAAAGAUCAACUCUGUCGGAGAUGAGUUCUUGACGAUAAUUAUCUAUUUCGGUAUCUCAACGAACAAUCUCGUCCAUAUAUCUCUUCCGGCUGCGUCGGACGCAUCGCUUCUAAACACUUCCUCACGUGCCUAUCCUGACCAAUACAACAUUUAUCUGCUCGCCACCUGGGGUCGCCAGUGUAUCAUUGCAUUAAUAUCCGCCGCGGGACUGCACCUCCCAUCACUUCCAUUCUUAUCACCUCUUAUCACCUCAAGCAUCCUUUUAACAGACUCGGAUUCUCGGUUCAUGUCCUCUCGGUCAUCGAAUAAUACCCCGCCCAGUCCGCUGGCUCCUUUCCCUUCAUAUUCUGCUGAACUCGCCGGCUCGAGCAGCAGCUCUCCGGUAUUAAGCGGUGAUACCAGGGUAAUUGCACCAUCUUCCUCCAGCUCGCCGGACAAUGCCGAUACCAUCUACGAGAGAAGUAGGGCAUAUUCCGGGAGCAUGGAUCGCAAGAGAAGAUUAACCUCUACCGCGAAUGAUGACGCAACACUACACAGGCGGCCGUCUACCUUGAGUGGGCCAAGUUCUUUGUCGUAUAAUAGAGUCCAGCAACAAGAUAGACCUUUACCGAUGCUGCCUACUGGAGAUGGCCGUAACAACUAUACGUCUUCAGAUAUGCCGGGUUCUUCGCGGGCAAAUGCCAUCGAUCUUACCUCUCCGCCCCCGGCUCGUGACCAGACGACUGCACCGUUGUCCCGACAGCAUAGUCGCAGUCUGCCCACGGUGCAUCAACGACAUCAGCAGAAUUAUAUGGAGUACACAUUGCCCCGUUGGCAACCAGACUCGGAAGUUACGCAUUGCCCUAUCUGUAACACACAAUUUAGCUUCUGGUAUCGAAAACAUCACUGUCGCAAGUGUGGACGGGUCUAUAUCGUUCGACCACCGGAACCAGCUGAAUAUUUGACAACUGGGACUUCUCCACGCCACAGACGUGACUCUUCUCGGACGAUUUUCGAUCUUACAACUGACGAUAUACUUGAUACCACUACUGUCUUCCCAAGUCGAUCUCGCGCCGAGCACUAUCCUGCUAACCCUGCACUGGGGGGCGGAGAGGAAGUGCGACUUUGUAAUCCCUGUGUUCCAGAUCCAAAUCCUGACCCACCUGUAAACUAUGCGACUGUUCGAGCUGGUUUUGAUAGUUUCCCGGGCCAGGACUGGAACGCCACGAUGCCUGCAUUUCCCAUCAGCCAGCGUUUUCACCAGGUGCGGCGCUCGUUAUCAGGUGCCCAGAUCUUCGGUUCUCGAGGGGACACGAAUCGAGAAGCGCAAGACAACAACAAUCAGCGGAACCAGGUACUGGAUGAUUUUCUAGGUCGUCGGACUUCUUCUGCUACCCCUAUCGAGCCUUCUUUUGGUCAGCGUCCUAGCUCUUCCCGCUAUGCUUCCUCCCUGAGUCUCAGUCAUCCGGUACAGCAGUCCUCUGCUAGACUGCAAUCUCAUUCUUUUCUAUCGCAUAGACCCCGAGCGGAAACCGAAUCGAGGAAUACUCCUUCUGACCUUUCAGGCACUAGGCCGAGAAGGGUGCAAUCCAUGGCAGAACCUGACCGUUUCCGCGCUUCUCGUCCUCCACAUCGAGCGCAGAUAGACGAAAGAGAUAUCUGUCCGAUCUGCAGCACGCAGCUACCUCCACGUGGAAGCGAUGGCAACGAAAAUGAACGAGAGGCGCACAUUCGCGAUUGUAUUGCCAGAUCUUCUGGGUCUUCACCUGGCGCAGGCUCACCGCAACCGCAACACCUUCUACGUAUGCUCUCGUUCACGGCGACCGAGAAGGAUUGUCUCAGUGAAGAUGGCACUCCGCAGGAGUGUUCCAUCUGCAUGGAGGAAUAUGAAGUUGGCGAUAAAUUAGCGCGGUUGGAAUGCUUAUGUAAAUUUCACAAAUCGUGCAUCGUGGGAUGGUUUGAACGGAAGAAGGAAUGCCCCGUUCAUAAGUUUUCGUAGAUUUGGUCGCUAGCGAUCCCUUUCUCUUUCUUCAGCAUGCUCGCCUCACGCGAUUUUCGGCAUUGGCAUUGAUACUUGUGAUGAUUUGAUACCCUUACCCAUCCAUUC